GACGGAGUCGUCUGCUUCGACGAGUUCGGUGUGGAGAUCUCGAGCUUGAUUUGCGAGUCUUUGGGACUGCCAUGUAUACCGCUCGAUGUCGUCAAGUGUUGUCGCAACAAGUCAAAGUUUAGGGAGUUCUGCAGAGAUCACUCCCUGCCUUACGUUCGCUUCGUCAACUUCUCGUCCUCAGAGGAGCUCAAAGACAUAGAGGACAAGAUAACUUUCCCCGCCGUCUUCAAGCCCAAGGAUGGGGCUGGCAGCCAGUUUGUGCGGCGAGUCAAUAGCAAGCAGGAGCUUCAGCAGGCGUACAUGUUGACCGUGUCAUCACUGCAACGAAGCCCCGGCUCGUUCUCAUGGUGCUUGCAGGAGGCUCAGGGGGUCUCAUUUCACGUGGAGGAGCUGAUUGAAGGGCAGGAGGUAGACAUCGACUGUGUUGUGUCCGACAGCAAGCUGCGAUAUUCGCGCGUGAUCGACAACGAGAGCACGGGUGCUCCUUUCUUCCUCGAGGCCGGCUGCUCUGCCCCCUCCUCCCUGCCGCAAGACGCGCAGGCCAGCCUGAUACGGAUGGCGCAGAGGAUGGUCGCCGAGUUUGCGAGGGAGGCCAACAGGAGGAUAGACGGCGUCCUGCACGUGGAGGCCAAGUGGAACAGUCGAGGAUGCGUUCCAAUCGAAGUCAACUGCCGCCUUGGAGGA